AUGAACACAUCUGACGUCAUCAUCAGAGCACUCCCCCCUCGCUCGGACCUCUACAAUCCCCACAUUAAAUCCUACCCAGACUACCCUGGUAUGGCAACACCAUUUACACCUCUCGACUUCUCACUCGGGUCCCUUCUCUUUGUCUGUGCUCUGGUCGGUAUCCCUGGUAACAUCUUCGGACUCUUCUACUUCAACUUUAAGACGCGCAGAGACAGGGUUACCUUGCUUUACAUUGUUAUCUGCGGUGUGGACACUAUGACAUCCUUCAGCCACCUCCCGGUAGCUAUAGCGCUGUUCCGAGGUAGAAAACCAGGGGUUUUUAACAACCAUCUCUUCUGCGCCCUCUGGGAAUCCCUCUACACAAUCCUCCAGAAGACCUCUAUAUUCCUAGUCCUCCUCCUCAGUGUAUCCCGUACCAUAGCAAUAGUGAAACCCUUCUAUAAAAUCCGGAUUAUCACCGUCAUGUGCAGUUUGUUGGCGUACGUGUUUAUCUUAAUCCUGAUUCCGGUGGUUCAGUACGUGGUAAUCCCACUCCGGGGCGAGUUCAAGUACUCGUGGGAUGGUGCUUACUGUUACUAUAACUUUGAGAUGAAGUUCGAGCAUGCUGUUAAUCUGGUGAUGGUGGGGCUGCCUCCUAUUCUUACUUUUAUCUCCUUUUUAGUGUCCAUUAUCAGGCUGACAGCGGAUAGGAAGAAGGUAGGACCAGGAGCAAAGGCGAAAGAAACCCAGAAGUGGAAGUAUCGAGCGAGUGUUACGAUAGUGCUGUUCACCACGUUGUUCUUAGUGUGUAAUCUCCCCCUUUUCAUCAACAUGUUACACAACAUGACUACACGUUUCUUUGGGGUGGACUACCCCGGGGUAUAUUUCGGUACACGGUUCAUGUACUGGUAUUCUUGGCAUGUGGCCAAGAUGGAGAGUGUGGUGGUGAAUGCGGCUCUCAAUCCUGUGCUGUAUUUCUGGAGGAUGAGCAAGUUUAGGGUGUGGUGUGUGGAUGUGGUUAUAUGUAGGGGUUUGAGGAAGGAGGAGGAGGGGAACAAACCUGGUUUUACUCAGGUACAGACCUCGACGGUUUUUAUGCCGGAGAAAGUGGAGUUAGAAAAAGUGUUGGAAAAUGUUGAGAGUUAG